AUGUUCUGGGUGCUUCGGGACGGCUCUGGUUACCUUCAAUGUGUUCUUAGUGACCUUCUGUGUCAAAGUUACGAUGCGGUUACAUUAAGUACAGAGAGUUCGGUUGAAGUUUAUGGUACUAUCAAGAAGGUACCUGAAGGAAAGCAAGCACCAGAUGGUCAUGAAUUGAUAGUGGAUUAUUGGCAACUGAUAGGAUCUGCCCCAGCCGGUGGCAUUGACAACGUCCUCAAUGAGGAAGCUGGAGUAGAAGUAAUGCUCGAUAACAGGCAUCUCGUAAUUCGUGGUGAGAAUGCGUCUCGCAUUUUGCGCAUAAGAGCCGCAGCGACACGGGCAAUGCGAGAACACUUCUAUCAUGCCGGCUAUACUGAAGUUUGUCCGCCAACACUUGUGCAAACUCAGGUGGAAGGUGGAGCAACUUUGUUCGCUCUUGAUUUCUUCGGUGAGCAGUCGUACCUCACGCAGUCAUCCCAAUUGUACCUCGAGACCUGCAACGCCUCACUUGGAGAUGUGUACUGCAUCGCACAGUCAUAUCGUGCCGAAAAAUCACGAACCCGCCGACAUCUCGCCGAAUAUGCUCAUGUCGAGGCGGAGUGUGCAUUUAUCACUUUUGAUGAGUUGAUGGAUCGCAUAGAGGACAUUGUUUGUGACACGGUUGAUCGGCUUCUUUCGGAUCCGUCUGUCAAAACUCUUAUCGAUCAUGUCAACCCGGAUUUCAAACCGCCAAAGCGCCCAUUCCGUCGGAUGACGUACACUCAAGCCAUCGACUGGCUAAUUGAACAUGAUGUACGUAACGAAUUCGGUGAGAAGUUUGUACAUGGAGAAGACAUUGCGGAAGCGGCUGAAAGGAAAAUGACGGAUACAAUCGGAGAGCCAAUUUUGCUAAACAGAUUCCCAGCUGGUAUUAAAUCGUUUUAUAUGGCGCGAUGCAAAGAUGACAACGAACUUACUGAAUCAGUAGAUUUGUUGAUGCCAGGUGUUGGCGAAAUAGUUGGAGGCUCAAUGCGUAUAUGGAGCGAAGAAGAGUUGCAUAAGGCAUUCAAAGGAGCAGGAAUCGAUGCGAAGAACUAUUUCUGGUAUACCGAUCAACGGAAAUACGGGUCUGUUCCUCAUGGAGGUUAUGGUCUAGGAUUGGAGCGGUUUAUAUGCUGGCUGACCAACUCAUAUCACAUUAGGGAUGUUUGCUUAUAUCCCCGGUUUAUUGGAAGAUGUGCACCUUGA